AUGGAAAACUACGAAGUCCUUGGCAUUCUUGGUGAGGGGACCUAUGGCGUCGUGAUGAAGGCCCGCAACCGGAUAACCGGCAAGCUCGUCGCCAUUAAGCGCUUUAAACAAACGGAAGAAGACGACCACGUGCGCAAGACGUCAAAGCGCGAGGUGCGCAUGCUGCAGCAGCUACGACACCCCAACGUGGUGCGUCUUGAGGAAGUAUUUCGCCGUGAGGGCAAGCUCCACCUUGUUUUUGAAUUCAUUGACAAAACCAUCUUGCAGGUCCUUGAGGGCACCAGCCGCGGCAUCCCGUCACGAGACCUGCGCCGCUACACAUAUCAGCUGCUCCGCGGCGUCGACUUCUGCCACGCCAACAACAUCAUUCACCGCGAUGUCAAGCCGGAGAAUGUUCUGAUUGAUCAACACGGCAUGCUGAAGCUGUGCGACUUCGGCUUUGCACGCCAGAUGACGACGAAAGGAAAGUACACCGACUACGUCGCCACGCGGUGGUAUCGCGCGCCUGAGUUGCUGGUGGGCGACGUGUCCUACGGCAAACCGGUGGACGUGUGGGCGGUGGGCUGCAUGUUUGCGGAGCUGUCCGAUGGCCAGCCGCUCUUCCCCGGUGAGUCCGACCUGGACCAGCUGUGCCUCAUCAUCCAAACCUGCGGUCCGGUGCCGGAGAACAUGGUGACCAUUUUUGAACACAACUCGCUCUACCGCAAUGUGAGCUUCCCCCACAGCGGCAUCGUCUACACGCUGCAGGAGCGCUACCACCGACAGUCCGAGGACUGGCUGGAGUUUCUCUACGCCUGUCUGCACCCCGACCCGGCGAAGCGGCUGACUUGCGGGGAGUUGAUGGCGCUGCCAUACUUUACGCGAGACGGCUUUCGAGAGCGGUAUGAGCAGGAGCUGCGCGCCAUGUCCGGCCUGCCGCUGCUGCUGCGCCAGAACCCGACCGCGUCCGCACCGUCGCCGACGCGCCGGCCCAUGGGCGAGAAGGUCAUCAAGGGACCAAAGAACGCGCAGGAGGCGACGACUUUGGCGACGUCGAACGCGAGCACGGAGCCGACGACGCCGCCGUCGAGCAAAAAAUAUCCCGCGAUGAACGCGAAGGGCGAGCUCGGCAAGCACGGUGGCACGGAGGCCGGGAAGCCGAAGGCGGGCAAGGGCGACACGGGCAGCUUCCUGCCGGUUGUCACCCCUCUCGCGCUGGGGCAGUCAGAGGGGUCGGUGCAGCUACCGCUGAUCCCCAACUCGGACACCGACAAAGGCGUCGGCGCGGCGGUGGCUGCGGUGAAGACCCGAGACGCCGACGAAGACGGGGAGAGCCCCUCGCGACACCGCCGCUGUCGCCAUCCGCGACUUUCAUCUGACGUGACGGCGUCGCCGGGAUCCAGUUUAGGCGAUUGCAUUGCCCCAGCGGUGCCGAAAGGCCGACGCUUUUCGCAGUCCUUCAGCACGGUGCUGUCGUCGCGGCGCACCUCCUCGGCCUCCUCGAUGCCCGUCAGCCCAGUGAAGAAGACCGACAGCAUCGUAAUGAACGGCGCCACCUAUGGGGAGUCGGGUCGACGAUUGAGUAAUAUGGUUGGCAACAGGGACGAAGACGAAGGCGGCAGACGCGCACCAGGCGCUGCGGUAGCAGCAUGUGUGGCGAACCCGCUGGCGGGCGCCGCCGCUGCCGCCGCUCCUGCGAAGGCAGUGUUGGGCGGGGCAGUCGGCGGUGGGUCCAAGCGCACCUCCGGCUGUUCUCCUUUUUCGUCCUCCAACGGGAGCCCCCGCUCGUCGUCGCCGCCCAAUGUGCCCAGUGAUGCCAAACCGAGUCACGGCGGGGUCGCGCCUGCGUCCUCGGCUUUUUCCCCGAGCACCACCACGGAUGCGGUGCUGAAGGCUGCGCCGGGGCAGCAGCAAGCACAACAACAAGCGCCGCCGUCGCCGCAGCAGCCGCCCCAUUUGAUGCCGCUGGCGGAACGGCUGCCCGACCUGACUUCACCCCAGUUGCACCUCGCCACACACGACUGGCGCGGCAGCGUCGACAUGGAGGACAUCCCAAAGCCGCCCUCCCAGCCCCCCUGCCCCAUCUCUCCCCCGUCUCCCCACGACGGCUGCUUUGCGGGCCAACCGUGCGCAAACCCGUUGGCCUCCCCGUCGUCGCAAGACCGCGGCAGCGUGAAGUGCGCGCCGCCCAAGACACGCCGCAGCGGCCCCAUCGACGCCGGCGACGUACCGCACAUGUGCACCAAGAAGAAAGUGAUGAAGCGAAGGAAAGAGAGCGUGCCGGGUCAUGGCAGUUGCGUCUCCAGCAGCCACAGCACCUCUCCCUUCAGUCCGCAGGAGCAGCUGUUGGAAGAGCUGCGCGCGCGCGGCGUGCACGAGCAUGCGCUGCACGACGGCACUGCGCAAGAGUCCGCCUCGGUGAACGCCCUCAAGUUGUGCACGACGCGCGCGUCGCCGCAGCUGCCGGGCUCGUCCCGAUCACACGACCGUCGCGAAGCAGGCGUGGCGGUGCCAGACAAGACGCAGGCGCCGGAAAAGAUGAGCCGUACGCGCGGCAGACUUUCGGCCCCGCACACGCCCGGUACGACGACGGCCAACGGAAAAUAUGGCAUAGAAACCCGCGGAGCGAUGCCGCUCAAGGAGCGCAAAUCAAAGCCGUUGCACGCGUCCACCCACGCCACUUCGCAGGCUCAUGAGGGUCCCACGCGUACAUCACCGCAGCCGUCGCUGCAGCACCAGCAGCAACAGCUGCCCGACACGCUGUUGGCACUGUCCGCCCUGCGCGACAACACCACCUCCCCCCACCAGCCAUUUCCACACGACGGCGGCCAGGCGGAGAAGUACCCUUACAGCCGUUUCACGCAGGCGGGCGGCGGCGUCGCCCACUACGCUGUUCCACCACCGCCCAAGACCCAAACAAAGGAAGUGACCGCUGUCGCACUAGCCAAGAGGGCGAUCAUGCGCUCUCGUAAGCCACUGGGCGUCUACGCGCUGCAGAGCACCCGCCGCUCCCUCGACGGAAGUGAAAGGGCGGGCUCGAUUACGCAUGUGCACGACACCGCCACCACCGUGCAGAGCUCGCUGUCUUCCAGCCAAUACGGCGGUUUCGCCAUCCCGUACCAUAGAGUCUCCAAUGCCGACAGCAACGGCGGGGCGCCGCAAGGUUCGUCCGGCGGCCCCAACAUCACACCGCAGCCGCCACCGCUCGCGUCGAAGAAGGCGCGCAGGAAUUGUACUUCAAUUAGCGGCGACAUGAAUGGAGUUGGUAGGGGUGGGAUGCCGUCUUACCCAAACCGGUGUCAAAGCGACCAGCAGCAGCUCUCGCCCGCCCCUGCGUUGAACACCGCAACGACGACGACGGAGAAACCGACACCGCGACGGCGGGAGAACAGCGAUAGUAUUCAAAAGCUAUUGCCGCUUAUGUGCAACGCGGCGACCGCUGCGACGACGCAGAUGUAG